CUCAAUUUCUUGAUAACAAUUUUUGAAUUUGAAUUUGUUAUCAAUCUAUUUUUAAGGAAGGCUUAAUCACUUUUAACUUUCUAUACAAAUUAGAUGAGUUUUAUAGGUGCAGAUUUCUUCAGGAGACCAAUUCUCCAGUUACAAUUUUAUGAUCGUGUUUUUCCUUCGUGGUUUGGUGAUACUCAACCUUCUCCGUCUAUCAAAGGACUAAAACACAGCAAAUUGAAUGCCAUUUAAUUUUCAAGUCAUAUAUAUUAUAAUUGUUUUCUCCUUUAUUGUUGUUUGCUGUGCGAAUUUUUACAUGAAGACUUUAUCCUAAUCCCCCUAAUCCCUUUCUAUCAUCUCUCAUUGAUAUGCUUCUUUCUCUUUUUAUUCAUAAAAACCAAUGCACAGAAGGUGUUUGAUGUUAUGCCUCUUUGAAAAUUGUACUCUUUAAUUUCCCGUAAUCCAUAUAUUCAUGACUUUCAUAGUUAUAUCUUUGGAAGAAUGUAUAACGUUUGCGGGGUUGUAAUCCUGGAUUUAUUGUUCUCUUAUUUAUUGUCACUGUCCUUGUCACUUAUUCUAGAUUUGGAGCCGCCUGAUGAUAGCAAAAGAAAGAAAUUCAUUGCGAUUGGAGUUGUUUCAGCAUUAUUCCUCAUUUUCUUGAUUUUGGGCAUUCUUUGGUGGAAAGGCUGUUUCGAAAGCAGGACAACCAGGGAACAAGUUAUGGAAGGAGCUAUCAUUGCGAUGUGCACUUUUGAGAGCAAGACCCUUUUAAUUCCAGUAUUUAAUCAUACUAAGUUCAAGGACAUUGCUGAACAAAUCUGUUCCCGAUUUGUGGGAUUAAGUCCUGAAGUCAUGGAGUUAACGUACUCUCUAGGAGAACACCAAUCUUGUUUGCUGCAAUCUGACAUGGAUGUGAGUGUAAUGAAAAUUUCAUGUUGUGCUGAAAACAUAGCAUCUAUUCCUGUCAGUGUUUCCAUGGUUGAACCAGUUGAGCAACUUGAUCCUAUUUCUUCCCCACAUGAUAAACAUAUUUUUACAUAUGAAGGCAUAAAACCCUCAGAUGAUCGUGCAAAUUUAGGGAAAUUUGCCACUCCUCAUGGGAAGACAUAUUUGUCCCAUGCGUGGAGAAACUACAUUAACCAUAUUGGUCAAGAAUUUCCAGGUGGUGUCAAGGAGUUCAGACACCAUUGACAAAGAGGCCCCCAAGUAGACCAAAAGUUAAAAGACUAAAAUCUAUUGGGGAAGAAACACGCCCCAACAAGAGCAGUAGGUGUGGUGAUGCUACACGUCACAACCGGAAAACUUGCAACGCCCUUAUUUGACAUACAUCUCCGUUGCCAUUUGAAUAUUUUUUUUCAAAUAUAUGAACACAUGCUUUUUUUUUCUUUUUUUUUAUCAAUGUAAUAAAAUGAUGCCUUCGACCUUUUA